AAACGCAAAUGACGUCAUGCUUGCAUAUUACCAAAAAACAAAUUGCGUAUUGUCAGGACAGUAUUUGAAUCGCAUGUAAACUGUUAAUAACUUUUCUGGUAUGGGAAUGGGCAUUAUUACUCAAUAAAUCCGUUUAAUAUAGAAGCUGGUAACGACGCAAAGAUCAUCGGACAAUGGCGUUUUUGACGAUGCCAACAAGACGCGGAUCAUUUUUCAAAAGCAGUGUCCCACCGAGACUACGCGAAAAGAGACGUGAACAAAAAACCGAAGAAUUCCUUAACAGACAUACACGCAAAAGUUCCAUAGAUGACGACGAAAAGGUAACGCUAAAUAUUGGUGGACAAAUUUUCAAAACAACAAAGUCUACACUGAGAAAUGUUCCUGGUACAAAGUUGUCUAAUUUGAACAAGGAUUGCGAACUUUAUGACAAGGAACUGAAUGAAUAUUUUAUCGACAGAAACCCUAUCGUAUUUCCGUUUAUUUUGGACUUUUACCGAACUGGCACCAUGCAUAUACCGAGGAACCUUUGCGCCUCAAAAAUUAAAGAUGAAUUUAAAUUCUGGGAAUUAGGAGACGGGUGUAUUGCUGAAUGCUGUCGCAAGAUUUAUUUUGAUGAGCUGGACGAUUUUACAACAUACCAAAUAAUAAAGGCUGAGUUUUAUAGCCCACCAAACUACUGGGAAUCACCAGAUUCCAGUGAAACUGUUAUCAAAAUGUCAAGAUUUCAAGAGUUCAAGCACCGUGCCUGGUUAUUCAUUGACAACCACGGAUCGUCCAAUCCUGCCAAGGUGUUCGCACUGAUCUACUAUGGUCUGACCAUUCUAACCAUCCUUAAUAUGUUCAUAUCAACAAUCCCGUCCUUGCGCGUGCCCUUGUCUAAGAAUGCGCUUUUUCGCGGAACGCGGGACCAAACAAUGCCAACAUUAAACUUUACAGAAAGUGUGAAAGGAACAACCAUCUUUCUCCAACUUACAACCGAUCCACCAGAAUGCCUCCUGUACUUGGACAUUUGCUGUUUAAUAUUCUUCACAGUCGAGUUUAUUUUUCGUGUUAUCGUUUGCCCAUCCUUGCUAGAAUGGUUGCGAAGUUUUUACACAGUGCUUGACAUCCUGUAUUUGGUACCAGCCUGGACACGAUUAAUAAUUGACAUAACCAUUCCCUUUUACUGGCAGCGAGGGUACCAGGAAGCAAACUUUAUGGUCUUUCUUGACGCCAUGUUGGUGAUGCGAGUGUUCCGGAUAUUUCGACUGGCUCGCUAUUAUCGCGGACUACUUGUGUUGCUAUUAGCAAUGAAAGCCAGCGUGCGUGAACUUACGUUACUGAUAGUUUUCGUAACAACGGCGUUAAUAAUUUUCUCCAGUCUAAUUUACUGCGCUGAACAAUAUGAAGCAAACAUGAACAUAAACAGUAUGUUUAACGGGCUCUGGUUAACGCUUAUAACUAUGGCAACAGUUGGGUUCGGGGACAUAGUUCCAAAGGGAGUGAUUGGAUGCAUCCUGGUGUCUCUCUGCGCUAUCGCCGGGCUGCUCAUCAUCGGAAUGGUUGUACCAAUAAUUGCCGGGAACUUUAACCUGUAUUACGGCUUUCGAUAUGCCGGCUGCGAAGACUUCGAGUUAUAUAAGCCCGAAUUCGUGCCCUCUGAGAUUGAAAAUCCCUUUCCUGAUCUAGAAAUCGAGACUUACGUCAAACGAGAUCGUCGGGCGACGAACGUCCCAAGUAGUUCCGCGUUUCGCGUCGAGAGCAGAUCGAACGUACACACGGCGCCGCGUGAAAAUUUAUGUAGCGUAUCAGAGGGAGCGUCUUGGAAGCGUGUCGCUGAAAAGUUCACAAGGAAAAACGACAACGUCGGCAUCGCACCUGUGCCUGUGGGUCUCGAGGAUUGUCUGCACGUGGAAGAAAAAUCAGCAGAGAAAACAGUCGUGCCCUCUGCGAUUGAAAACCAUUAUCCUGAUCUAGAAAUCGAGACUUACGUGAAACGAGAUCGUCGGACGGCGAACGUCCCAAGUAGUUCCGCGUUACGCAUCGACGGCAGUUCGAACGUACACACGGCGCCGCGUGAAAAUGUGUAAAGCGUAUCAGAGGGAGCGUCUUGGAGGCGUGUGCUGAACUCUGAAAAGUUCAUAAGGAAAAAUGACGAGGUCGACAUCGCACCUGUACCUGUGGGUCUCGAGGAUUGUCUGCACGAGGAAGAAAAAAUAGCUGAGAAAACAGUUCGAUAAAUCAUGUGUAUCUAACCGAAUUAGCGACUUUUAUUAUAAUAAUUGGGAAUCAUAGCUAGAGAGAAGGAGGGUAAAAUCACUUUGCAUGGUGUUGUGUACAUCAGCUCAUGCGUCAGUUUGUUCCAUUGAAUAUGUUAGAUUAUUAAGCUGAUAUGCACUAUUAAAAAUAUUUAAAAGCUUUAAA